AAAAAGUUGUGGUAUACUACUAUAUAUAUAGUAGAACCAAUUUGACAUUGCCUCUUCUAUUUUGUAUUCUGUUUUUCUAGCAUACAAAAAAACGCAACCCAUCAUCGAUCGAUGUCUUUGAGCCCCCCUCCUCCUCCUCCUCCUCCUCCUCGUGUCGAGCCAACCAACGCCAACAACUCAAACUUCCCGCUAUACUGGUGCUACCAUUGUCACCGAACGGUCCGUAUUUCCUCAGAAAACCCAUCCGAAAUCAUCUGUCCCCGCUGCUUCGGACAAUUCCUGUACGAGAUUGACAUAGCCAGACCCUUUUCCGUCUUCGAUUUCACCCAAUUCGAUCCCUCCCCUGAAGCCAGAAUACUCGAAGCCCUCUCUCUCGUGCUCGAUCCCCUGAUUGGCGACAGAUCAGAUAAUGAUGUUGCUGGUGCUGGUUUGACAAGUAACCGCCGUGGCCGUCACUGGCCAUGGAGGCGAAACCGGGUCGUGUACGACACCGAGGAUCACUGGGGACCAGAGAGUGGAAUCCUCGCCCGCCCUCGUUCUGGCUGGAUAAUCCUCGGGCCAUCAUCAGGCCCUUUACAUGUUGGACGACGAAAUUCACCAACGGAAGGGCUAAUACCUCCGAGGCUUAACCCUCAGGACUACUUCGUGGGGCCAGGAUUUAGUGAGUUGAUCGAGCAACUGACUCAGAACGACCGACAAGGUCCUCCUCCGGCGCCUGAUUCGGCUAUAGAUUCUAUGCCGACGGUAAAAAUCACAGCGGAUCAUCUGGGUAGCGAUUCGAGUUGCCCUGUUUGUAAGGAGGAGUUUAAAGUUGGCGGGGAAGCGAGGGAGAUGCCUUGUAAGCAUAUAUGCCAUUCUGAGUGCAUUGUGUCUUGGUUGAGGCUCCACAACUCUUGUCCUGUUUGUCGGCAUGAGCUUCCGGUUGCGACAGAUCAGAGUGGUGGAGUUCAAGUUGACGACUUUGAAGAUUCUUCUCGUGGCGAAGAAGCUAGGAACCGGAGGAGGCGCCUGAGGUUGAGACGAUUUGCAGCUUCUUUGUAGCCGUUCCGCUUGAGCAGCUAAUUCAUGGUCAUCAUCUUGCUUUAUUCUCUAGCUAGCCUGUGAUUGUUGUAGUAAGUGCUCAAAGAAGUGAUGCUCAUCGGGUCUGGCUUAUGUGUUCGGGAUGUAGAUGAUUUUCUAAGUCUCAAAAUUAAUGCUGGAAGUUCUUUCCUUUACGAGGAAAAUCAGUGGAUGCCAAUGCCUGGUGGACAGGACAUCUGAAAGGAAAACCCACCAAACUUAUGGCGAACGAUACACAAGUUAUGAGUUUAGGAUGAUUGUAUCUGCUGUAAAUUAGUCAUACAAAAAUCAAUAAUCUCUUAUAUCUUUUAAGAUUUGAAUCAGAACUAUUGUCAGUCAGGGUGAUAAUAACUUCCUUCAGGUUUGAAUUUGCCUAGCAUUUUA